AUGGGCCGUCCUGAUUCGGAGGAGCCGACGUCGAGCCUCGCCGCGCGGCUGGCUGCUCUCCACGACCACGCCCACGGACAUGGGGGAGGAGCGGCGGCGCCGACGAGUGCAGGCUCGGCCUUCGACACCAACGUGGUGAUCAUCCUUGCCGCGCUCUUCUUCGCGCUGCUCUUCGCCAUCGGGCUCAACUCGCUGGCGCGGUACGCGCUGCGGUACGUGGGGCGCAGAGCCGCGGUCGCCGCCGGCGAGGGCGGGGCGACAGCUCAGAUGGCCUGCAGGGGCAGCGGCAUCAAGAGGCGCGUGCUGAGGAGCCUCCCCGUGGAGGUGUACGGAUCCGGGGAAGUCAUCGACGACGUGUGCGCCAUAUGCCUCGGCGAGUUCGUGGACGGCGAGAAGGUGCGCGUGCUGCCGCAGUGCGGCCACGGGUUCCACGUCCGGUGCGUCGACGCAUGGCUGGUGUCCCACAGCUCGUGCCCGACGUGCAGGCGGCCGGUGUCCACGGGCGCACCCCCGAAGGGCGGCGACGGCGGCAUUGGCCAUAACCAGUGUCCCGCGGAGACCGACACGAUCACCGUCGUCAUCGUGUGA